CUGAAUUUCCGGAGCAGGGGUAGAGGAGAGGGUAAGAAACCCUAGAUUUGAAAUUUGAAAGGCCGCGAAAAGGAGCGUGGCGUCACCCUCUCCCCUCGCCCUUAUUUCCCUUUAAUAAAUUCUCAGAAUCACCCACUCGCUCCCCCCUGCCUUCGUAACCUCCAUUUUCACUUUAGAAGAACAUGGGUCAGAUCCAAUACUCUGAGAAAUAUUUUGAUGAUACGCACGAGUACAGGCACGUUGUCCUCCCACCUGAUGUUGCGAAAUUGCUUCCGAAGAAUCGGCUUCUGACUGAGAAUGAAUGGAGGGCUAUUGGGGUGCAGCAAUCAAGAGGGUGGGUGCACUAUGCAAUCCAUAGGCCAGAGCCCCACAUCAUGCUCUUCAGGAGGCCUCUCAACUAUCAGCAGGACAAUCCUCAGGCACAGCAGGCCCAGCAAUUGGCUAAAUGACCAGUUGCCAUCGUCUUUCACUUUGUCUAUAUGGGCCCUCAUGCUUGAGGUCUUCCUUUUGUUUCUCUCAAUUGGGUGGAUGAUAGGCAGUUGGUAUUCUUCUGAAUAUUCAGACCCCUAUAUAGCUAUCUAGCUGGAUUUGAUUGGUUAAUGGCUGAUGGAUCUUGUGUUUGGUUGUAUUACUUAUGAUGUGCUUAUGCAGAUGUAUGUGGUUCUGUGUUUGAGUAAUAUACAUGCUCUUUUUUUA